AUGUGGGUGGUGCGAUACCAGAAUAGAUUAGAAGAUGGUUCUAUUAGCUUUAUAUCAUGUUGUCUUCAGGCCUUCAAAAGUUAUAGCAUAGGUAGAUCAAGUAAAAACCCAUUGUUAAUUAAAAACGAUAAGAGUAUUUCUAGGCAGCAUAUCACAUUCAAAUGGCAAUUGAAUGAUAGUUCAGAUUUGAAAUACAAUAGCCUUUGUCUAAUUAACCAGGGUAAAUUGACAUCAAUAAAUAAAAAGUUCAUGAAAGUUGGCGAAACAUUCACUAUCAAUGCCUCGGAAGUUUUAAACUCUACUGUUAUCGAACUGGGUACAACCCCUAUUCGCAUAGAGAUCGAAUGGAUAAAUGAAGUCUGGAAUGUCCCCUCUCAUUUGACACAAUUCAGGAAGAUACUUUCCGAAUUUGGUAUCUCCACAGAGGUUUCUGUCAAUGACAUUCCUGCUAAUCUGAUGAUUAGCGAUUUUCCGAAUAACGAGGACAAGUGCAUACGGGAAUUGUAUGCACUUGUUAAUUUUAUACCCUUGAAAAAAUCACAGUUACUGGUUGAGUUAUGUAAUACUCUUCUAUCCACAUCUAAAACGGAUUCAAAGUUUAAUGAAAGGUGGAAUGAUAUGAUAAAUAGUCCGGAGUACAACGUGUUUGAUUUUGCUCCGAAUAUUUUGCAUUCGAAGUUUAUGAGGCUGAGUAAUAUCAAUGUAUUAACCACCAUUAGUAAUGAGCCGCAUCUAUCAUCUCUCCUGGGGACCUUCAAUGUAAGAUUAUUUGCAUUCGACAACAUCGAUAAUUUGUAUAAGCACGUUGAUAGCUUGAAACCAUCAACGAAAUACCUGAUUUUAGCAUCUACAAACAAGAAAGAAAAUGGACAAGUUUUAUGCACUAUCAAAGCGUUAUUAACAUCAAUAAUAGAUGGUACCUUAACCUCAGUGACUAAUACUAAGAGUGCAUCUUUAAGAGGUCAAGAUAACGACAAGUUAAAAGGAGCCUCUGAGGGAUUUUCUGGUGCUUUAAAAACGCCUCGUGUACCUGAAUUUGAAAUUAGUCCAGUAAUCUUAAAGAAGCGAAGGUUGAAUAGACCUAGAGUUCUGCCGCUCGAUAGUCUUGAUUUUUUUGCUGGAGGUUUGAGUGCUAAGGCUUCAUUAAAAAACGACCCCUUAACUGACCCUAAGAAGCCCAAUUGUGGCCCAAAUUCAAAGACUGUCAUCUCAAGCCCUAUCAUUGGAAGGGCAGAUGAAAAAAACACUUUACCUUCUCAUGACGCACAAAAGCUGGUUGAAGAUAUUGGAAAGAAAAGCGAUCACAAUAGCCCUGGUGCUAUAAUUGUCAGUAGCCCCAACUUAGAUGCUGUACACACGAAUGAGGAUUCUAUGGGCAAAUCACUACCGCCGCAUAAGCUACCACAACUGUCAUCGCCAAAGUUAACAGGGAUUCACUCCCAAAACAAAUCUUCUAACCCUGUCAAUAGUGAAACCGCUGCUACGAAUUUAAUGGAAGGUGAUAAUACUAAGAAUCGUACGAUCAAAAAUCGGCGUACUCAGGAUAUAGUACAAAACCCUAAAAGCAUUUGUAACCUUCCUAACUAUUCGCAGGAAAUUUCAUCUCCAUUACAAGCAAAUUGUAAGUCACCUGUUAAGGAAUCAUCUCAUAAAAAAAAGUCUGGUACGCCGCAAGCAUUUGUUGAGGCUAUUCAAAAAACGAAAAAUAGAGAAGUCAAAAGAGUUAAAUCAACUAUUGUUGAAUUAGAAGAUGAAGAGUUGAGCGAAGAAGCUAUUAACCAGCUAAAAAAUUUGGCUAUCGUAGAGCCUAGUAAUGAUAUGCUAAGAAAACCAUCUGAUAGAGGUGGGUACAAGACAAACAGCACAACUGGAGAAGGCGAUAAUGGUCUAACGAAGCAAGAAUGGCAUAAACGUAGGAAUUUCAAGACUUUUAUUAAAGUGUGGCCAAAAUCUAAUGCACAAAAGAAGGAAGGUAAAAACAACACUCAAAGUUCAGAUUUUAUACGAAAUGCAGCCUUCUUAAUCACGAGAAAUUACGUUCCACUAAAAAAAUACUCUAAGAAGAAUAAAGCUACAAAGGGGAACGGAGACGAGAACGAAGAUAUGUUUGCUUUGAGGGAGAUGGAAAAAUUGGGAUCCAAUACAUAUACACCUGAUUAUACAAACUCAAAUGCUAUCCAGGAAAGAUCUCAACCUCGAAAUAUAUUCAUGAAUGAGGAUAGUUCAGAUGACGGAGAGAAAGAUUCGUUCUCGUUUUCUCGCUCUUCAGGUACUGCAACCAAUCUUCAACCAGCAAAAAGCAGGAUGUUUAUUACUGAUGAAGAUGAUAUUGAUGAUAUUGAUGAUAUUGAUGAUAAAAACUGUAGACUAAAGGACAGAGAGAAUAACCGUAAACUGGUUGCGGUGAAGGAAACAAAUGUACGGCCAAACAUGCCAGAGGAAUCUUCCAACCAAAGUAGACGCAGUAGAAGCGCAACGGGCAGGCCACAUGGCUCUUCCGAGGCAUUCGGUAACGGUGACGACGACGACGAUGAUGAUGGCCCGAAGUUUACGUUUAAAAGAAGAAAAGGAUAA